AUGACUCAAGGGUCAUCCUCUGGGGAGCCUACAAAAAAGCGCAAAGCCCGUGACAACGGUGCGGAUGAUGAGAGUAACGAGAAGCCUGAUUCUAAGUCGACCACUAAGAAGAAAAAAACCGAAAUUCUCGAGGAAAAGAGACUGAAAAGAUAUAGGGCAAAGGCCCCUUCGUCGUAUCUUGAGCGUUUGAGUCGCGUGAAGAGUCAACGUAUGUUUCUGAUUGACAGACAUAAAAUUACUAGUGUGGAUGGUGUCGAUGAGAAGGAAGUAUUUGAUAUUGCAGGUACUACGGGAAAUAUCUACCAAGUAACGAUAAGCAGAAUUCCGACUUGCUCGUGUCCGGAUUAUCUCAAUGGAAAUCAGUGCAAACACAUUAUCUACGUUCUCGUCAAUAUCCUGAAAGCCCGUGAAGAUCUUUCCUUUCAGCUAGCGUUUUUGACAGAGGAAUUGGCAGAGAUGUUUGCCAAUGCACCGGAAACACCGCAAUCGUACGAUGGUGCUCACGAUGCCACUGACACAGGGGGUCGUCGCAAACCUAUAGAAGGAGACUGCCCAGUAUGUGUCAUGGAAUUUGAAGAGUCUGAUAGAUCGGAAGAUAUAAUCUGGUGCAAAGCUGCGUGUGGAAAUAAUAUCCAUCGUCAUUGUUUCGAGCAAUGGGCUAGAAGCAAGCCGGGGGCACCAAAGUGUGUAUAUUGUCGCACGGUUUGGAAGGGAGACGAGGACAGCUUGAAGAGGAUUGCCAAAGGAGCAGGCAAAGUAGGCGCAGAGGGGUACAUUAAUGUUGCGAGUGAGUUAGGUUUGAGUGCCGAGCGAGAUAUGAGCUCUUACCAUCAGCAUUGGGUUGAUCGCGAAUUCGGUCGCAGGCAGUAUGGCGGAUAUGGCUACGACCAAUAUUAA